AUGCUAUCCGCCCCCGUCAAAUCCGCCAAGCGGAUCUCCUCCCUCUUCUCCUUGGGUUCCAAUCCCAACCGUGAUGAUUCCGUCUCCCCCUCUUCCCCUCGUUCCCCCGUCCCGCCCACCAAACCUUCCCCCGAUCAGUUCGCCCAAGAUCAACGACGACGCCGCAGCUCAUCCCGUCCCGCCCGCCUCACCUCGAGCUACAACCCCUCCUACGAUGUUGGCGAACCCAUGCCUAUCCGCUCCCCCGGCCCUCACGACAUGCCCCUCGAUGGCCCCCUGCCGCUCCCCCCCUCCCUCCUCGACGUCAACCAGGAUCUGGCCGAUUCGGCCCCCAACUCCCCCGAUCGUCCUCAGAGCCGCGGCCGCCGGAGGAGCAGCAGCAACCGCCCCGCCAGUGCCGCGGGGCUCUUCGUCCCCGGCACCGCCCCGGACUCCCGCCCGGGCACCCCCUCCAAGCGACGCAGUUGGAUCCCCGGUCGUCAGCGCGCCAGUUCCGUGGAUACCCGCUCGCUGCCCGUGAGCCCCCAGCUGCCCAGUGCCUGGAUCGCCGGCCUGGAUCAGAAGAUCCUCUACAACCUGGAACCGUUGGCCAGGGGGGAGCAGGUCCCCGAACUGUGGAACGAAACCGGCGACACCUACGUCUAUCUCUUCCCCCAGAAUGCCGGCCGCCCCCCCUCCUUCAAACUCCACUCGACCGUCUUUGCCGAAUCGCCCUCUCUCAACUUCCUCGCCCGCGGCACCGAUGCCCGAUCGCUCGAACAACAAACCCGCACCCUCUCGUUCGGCAACUCCGCCGCCGGCUACGCCUCGCCGCCCCUGGGUCCCCAGGACCGCCUGGCCGACGACGACAAUGACAGCUCGGGCAGUCGUCGCAUGGCCUUCGACGACGACGACGGCCCCGAUGACCCCGAGCUGCACCUCUACCUCCCCAUCCCCCUCAACAGCGACGUGACCAGCCCCCACGCCCGCCUCGCCCAGGACGACACCGAGACCCUCCUCCUCUUCCGCAACCUCUUCGCCUUUCUCAUGGGGCAGUCGCUCAUCGCCACCCCGCGCUCCCCCUCGCUCUUCUCCAUCUUCAUGGACGUCGCCACCCUCCUCGCCCGCUUCGAGUUCACCAACUUCGACGGCACCAACUUCGGCGAGACCGCCACCACCAGCUUCGGCAACUACUGCGACGAGCUGCGCCUCGACGACGUCCGCAAGAGCCGCGAGAAGACCAUCGAGGCCAUCGUCCUGGGAGAGCGCCUGCGCUUCUUCCCCCUCUACCUCGAGGGCUUCGUGCACGGUGUCGGCAAGCUGGACGAGCUCAAGCAGCUGCGCAGCCCCAAGUAUGGCCUCAUCAGCCCCGUCACCCAGAAGCGCCUCGAGCGCGGCUUCAUCGACCUCGACACCCGCCUGCGCGUCCUCUACAGCAAGCUCGACGACUUUGACUUCCCCUCGGUCUUCUCCGGCAUCGCCAACUCGGCCACCUCGAUGGAGAGCAAGGUCAUCCGCUUCAAGACCUGGAAGGCGGGCUUCAUGGAGUUCCGCCGCUUUACCAUGCAGUACUACCGCCAGCGCUACGGCUCCUGGCCCCCCAAGGCCCGCUCCAAGAAGAACCAGUUCGAGGAGAGCGGCCUCAACCGUCGCGUCCUCUCCGAGCUGUACGACGAUUUUGCCGGCCUCUACGACAUGAUGGUCGACCGCAACAACCUGACCACCCGCACCAUCGACAUGGCCGGCGCCGGCUCCGACGGGAGCCUCGACGGCGCCGACCCCGAGCAGGUCAUGAACCGCGCCCUGCGCCAGGUCGAGAGCGAGUACGACCGCAGCACGCCCCCGGUCCUGCCCCCCAUCCCCUUCGACAUUCCGCUCUACCCCACCCUGCAGCCGCUCUACCGGAAGCCGCUCGACCCCAAGAAGGACGCCAAGAAGCGCACCAAGAAGCUCAAGGACUCCGACAUCAACGCCGUCCUCAUGGGCUCUUACACCCGCGAGAGCCUGCGCCCCACGCCCUUUAUCGAGGCCUUUAUGCAGUUCGAGCGCCGCUCCGCCCACGGCAAGAGCCUCAACGACCUGAUCGACCUGCGCUGCGGCCAGUGGAUCUUCCUCUACUGCGUCAUCCAGUCGCUGCCCCUGCUCGUCGUCGACGUGCAGGAUGUCAAGUACACCGACGGCGUCGAGUACUUUUGCUGCAUCGCCCCGCGCGGCGGCGCCCCCUGGAUCCACAACGACGGCAAGGCCGCCCGCAGCUGGUUCGGCGUCGCGGGCGGCGCCGGUGUCGUCAGCCUGCCCUCGGACGUGGUCAUCAACGGGGUGGAGGGCAUCUACCGCCGGAGUCACUGCUGGCGGGAUGCCGAGCUCUGGGCCGAGAAGGACGCCAUCCUGGCGCCGCCGACCAUCGACGACCCUUAUGACAACGAAUCCUCGCUCUCCUCCCCGUACCAGGCCCAGCAGUCGUCCGCCGGCUCCUCGUCCGAACCGCACCUGCAGCAGCCGCAUUACUCCGGGUCGCAGCAGCCGACGCCGCUGCUGGCCCCGACGCACGUCGGCCUCACGCCGCCGCCGGCCAUCCCGCGCGCCAACUCGCCGGCCGCCCGGAGUCGGGCCGACCACCGGAUGUCGAUCAACCCGGGACUGGAAGCGCUUCCCUUGCCGGCGGGUGUGGCGCCGAUCGAUCCUCCGGCGCGUCCCAUGAGCCGCUUCAACCCGACCAUGAGCUUUGAUGACAUUCUGAAGCAGGUGCCGAACCAAAAGAAACGAUAA